UCGGAGUUACAUCAAUCGUAGUGUAAACGAUUUUAUAUUUUUAAUUUAAUUUACACGCUGUCAGAAACGGGAAAACAGAAAAAUACCCUCUUUGGCAUUAGAUUUUCUGACUCCAAACAAUCAAUGUGACUAUAUCAAUGCGAAAUAUUUCGUCAGCAGCCUUUUAAUACCCAAGAUAACUGUUUGUUGAGAAUUAUCCAGUUCAAAAUGCCAACCGUAGUGUUGGAAGACGAAAAAAUCGCAGAUUGCAGUACCGUGGAGUUGGAACUAGAAGGCGAUUGUCUCACUUGGCUGUACAAAGUUGCGCCCGCCUUUCCUGUCAAGGGAUCCAAGGUUAGAAUCAUUCACGAGCCAAGAGACUUUUACUCUACUCUGUUGGAAAAAUGUAAAACCGCAAGAUCAAGAAUAACUAUCGCCUCGUUGUACUUGGGGACUGGACAGAUGGAGGCAGAGUUGGUGAAAGGUAUGAAAGAAGCAAUAGAAUCUAAUGGUGGAAAUCUUCAAGUCAACAUACUCCUAGAUUACAUGAGAGGGUCGAGAGGGCAAAAUAACUCGAAAGAGAUGUUGAUGCCACUACUCAGAGGGGAGUUUGGACACUGCUGUCGCGUCUUUCUCUACCAUACCCCUAGGUUGCGAGGUUUUUUGAAAAAGCUCAUACCAAAUAGGUUUAACGAAUUGGUGGGGUUGCAACACAUGAAGCUUUACAUAUUUGAUAACACUUUUAUUAUCAGUGGAGCAAAUUUGAGUAAUGAUUAUUUUAGUAACAGGCAAGAUAGGUACUUUAUGAUUGAAGACUGUGAAGAGCUUUGUGAUUUUUACCAUAGUCUAGUUAAGAAAGUAUCAGAAUUCAGUUUUGAAUUGCAAGCUGAUGGUGAAACUCGAUUCAAUGAUAAAAUUGACAUACAUCCCUUCAAAAGUUCGGUCGAAAAAUUUUCCAAGGAAAGCUCCGAAAUAAUACACGAUUUCUUUCAGAAUCAAAUAGACAGGAGGUUUGAUUUAUGCAAAAAAGAACCUACGAAAGCAGAUACAUGGGUGUUUCCAUUGAUACAGAUGGCUCAGUUAAAAGUGAGGCAUGACAGUGAAAUAACGUUGAGGCUUUUCGAAACUGCUCCUGUAGGAGCCACGUUGAAACUAGCGACGGGAUAUUUUAAUUUAACUUCUGAAUAUCGAAACGCAUUGGUGAAUUCGUGUAGAGCAAAUUGUCACGUGUUAACGGCUCAUCCCAGGGCAAAUGGAUUUUUCGGGGCCAGAGGUAUCGCAGGCGGAAUACCGGCAGCUUAUACGAAAAUUGAAAAAUCAUUUUUUGAAUUUUGUGAAAAAAGAGGACAAAGCGACAGAAUCAAAUUGUGGGAAUUUUCAAGGCCUGGUUGGACGUACCACGCCAAAGGUCUUUGGUAUUCGAUGCCGGGCCAACAAAAGCCUUCAUUCACUCUGGUAGGCUCUCCAAAUUUUGGGUAUAGAUCUGUCGAAAGGGACCUGGAAACUCAAAUUGCAGUUGCAACAAGGAAUACAGAGUUACAAGAGUCAUUGCAAAAAGAGUGCGAUCGGCUUUUCAGCCGCGCCUUACCAGUGACAAAGCGAACGUUUAUAGAAAAAGAAAGAAUACCACCAGCAUGGGUUCGAGUAGCGGUGUUCUUUUUUCGUUAUUACUUUUGAAUUGCCUUCUGACUACUUAUUUCGAUAAAAUAAAUCGCACAUCCACUAAGUUACUUGACAAUUAUAAUAAUUUAUAGUCCUAAACCAAAUAAAGUAUUAGUCAUUUUAUACUCUUACUUGUCGAAUUUUU